AUGUGGAAACAGAUUACCAUGGAAGAUCUGCAAAUUGUAGAAACUAUCGCGAGGAAAGAUCCCAAGGUCAUUGAACAGUGUGAAUUGAUUGGUAUCCCACCAGAAGAUAUGCACAAGGUGUAUUGCGAUCCUUGGACAAUCGGCUAUGAUGAGCGCUUUGGAACAAAAGUCCGUCUCCAGCAAGCUUUGAUGUACUACCGACCUCAUCCGGAUGACAGCCAAUAUACAUAUCCCCUAGACUUUUGCCCAAUUUACAACGCAGACACCCAGGAAAUCAUACAUAUCGACAUUCCACCAGUUCGGAGGCCGCUCAACCAAGCACCCCCUAACAAUUACCACGCUGCAGCCGUCGAGGCAGAUGGCGGUUUCAUGACUGGUUUGAAGCCAAUUAAUGUUACGCAGCCCGAGGGCGUAUCUUUCAAGAUGGACGGACGAUAUAUCUCGUGGGCCAACUGGAAGCUGCAUAUUGGAUUCAAUUACCGAGAGGGUAUGGUGCUCUCGAACAUUACCUUCAACGACAAAGGCACAGUGCGAGAUACCUUUUGGCGGCUAUCACUAGCCGAGAUGGUUGUGCCCUAUGGAAACCCAGAGCACCCUCACCAGAGGAAACAUGCUUUCGAUCUGGGUGAGUACGGUGGUGGGUACAUGACCAAUUCGUUAAGCUUGGGCUGCGACUGCAAAGGCGCGAUCCACUACAUGGAUGCAGCAUUCGUCAACCGCGCAGGUCAGGCCACCACCAUCAAGAACGCUAUCUGCAUUCAUGAAGAAGAUGCCGGGAUUCUCUUCAAACACACCGACUUUCGCGAUGACAGCGUGACCGUCACCCGCGCGCGCAAACUCGUCAUCUCACACGUUUUCACAGCUGCAAACUACGAAUACUGCGUAUACUGGAUCUUCCAUCUUGAUGGAACCAUCCAGCUUGAGAUCAAGCUCACCGGGAUCUUGAACACAUAUGCCAUGCUUCCUGGUGAAGACUUGAAAGGCUGGGGCACGGAGGUGUAUCCAGGAGUCAACGCACACAACCAUCAGCAUCUGUUUUGCAUGCGGAUAGAUCCGAAUAUCGAUGGCCCGAAUAACACUGUCUUCAUGGUUGAUGCAGCCCGCGGUGAUGGCGAGGUGGGCAGCGAGGAGAACAAAUAUGGCAAUGCUUUCUAUGCAAAGAAGACCAAGCUCAGCACCCCUGAGCAAGCGGCUACUGACUACAAUGGCGGUACGAGUAGGACUUGGGAGAUGUGCAACGAGAGCAAGAUCAAUCCUUACAGCAAGAAGCCGGUAUCGUAUAAGCUGGUUAGCAGAGAGGUUCCGGAGCUACUGCCAAAGCCUGGCAGUUUAGUGUGGAAGCGGGCCGGUUUCGCAAGGCACGCUGUACAUGUCACCAAUUGGCCAGACGACGACACGCAACUCCAUCCAGCAGGCCGUCACGUGCCUCAGACCUCCGGCGAACCCUCACAAGGCAUUCCUGCGUGGAUUGCCGCGAACCCCACGGAGAAUCUCGUAGACACGGAUGUGGUUCUUUGGCACACAUUCGGCAUCACACAUUUCCCCAGCCCCGAGGAUUUCCCCAUCAUGCCCGCAGAACCGAUGAGUUUGCUGCUCCGGCCGCGAAAUUUCUUCACGCGUAACCCAUGCCUUGAUGUCCCACCGAGCCAUUGCAGUGUUCCAAGCGGAGUCAAGCAAGGGGGUGGGUUGGUGGACAAGAUUAGCAAGCUGGCCUUUGGAGAGAGGGAGAAGGAGCCUUCGCCUCUGCCGGCGGCUGGAUCUUGUUGCUCAGACCAGAAGUUUGGCGCUGGCGUCUAA